ACGAGCGGCGGGUGCGGGCGGCCGGCCGCCGGCCGGCGGCUUCUGUGUUGUCUGUCGGAUCGACGACGGUAAACGGAUCUCUGGUUUUCUGCUUAGUUAGUCUUCAACCACUUUUCUCGAAAGGUUGAGUAGUAGUAUCACCACCUUGUGUCCGGAAGCUAACUGACUGCAAAGGUGUGAAGAAGUGACUGAAAUGGCAACGACGGACCGUUUCUGGAGGUGGAGGUUGAGGUUAGCGGAGAGGUGCGAGGCGACCCUAGAAAGGGCGACCCUGCGACCCUGGCCCUGGGGCAGAAGCAGACGAUUCCCGUGAUCUGGUAGCAGAUGUGACUGCCGCCGCCAUGGGAUGCUUCUGCAAGAAGGUGCGCACCCUGCUGUGCAAGGUGGUGCUGCUGGACGAGCAGGAGCUGGUGCAGGAGAUACAGGUUGGUUGUUAUCUGAGUGGAGUCGUCGGCGUGCUCGGUAAGCCGGGCUCUCCCACCCGCUCCCUCGCAUCUCCUGCCAACGGCCCUCCUUGCUAGUUCGACAGACAAGACAUUCAUCCCUCGGCACGACUGGGGUUGCGCGCCGUGGCUGUGGGCUGCGCUGUGGGGGGCUUCUCCCCGCUGCUGGCUGCAGCAGAGCAGGGCCUGGGGCUUCUCAUGCAAUAUGACCAACUGGUGUUCAAUAUGUGCUAUGGCAGUGGGAAAUAUGCCAGGUCAUCUCUUUGCCGAAGAAAGAGAAUCCAUAAACAGACAUGGCUUUGACAUUGGCCUCGCUGGUCUCCGCAAAAGCGACUCUACUUAAAGAACGCGGAGACCAUAUUUUGGUGAUAGUUUCAUGAGAAAUUUUUCAUCACAAUGCACUUUAAAUGGAAAAGGGCUGCUUUGUGUCCAGCGCGAAGAUGUGUUCCUCAGCACACUUCAAUCGAAUCCUAAUUUGUAUCUAAAAAUUGUACCAUUGUACCUAGCCUGAGUGUGUAAAGUUUAGAACACGUAUUUGCUCGACUUGUCCUUGUAGUGUGCAUUUACUCAUAUGGAUUGGUAAACCUGUGGCGCGGCCAUCACGGCGUGACCUUUCCUCGUCUUCUUUCUUGUCCUCCCGGGAU